AGUGAAUGAAUACGUUGGUUCAGAAAGUGUGGAUUGUUGAUAUAACCCGGGUCACAAAGAGUUAACAGCACAGAAGUGCCUCAGCCAAUCAGAGCGCAGGCCCGCAGCACCGUAGGUAGGCUACACAGCAUACGCUAGUCAGACGCUUGGUGACACUAUUGAGAGAGGACCUGCCGCUGAACGCUCGUAGAGGUGUGUUUGUGAGAGGCUGCUCACUGAAACCUGCCGAGUGACACAGAGGAACUCCCGAAUUGGUCAGGUUUUUUGAGUUGAUUUGAAGUUGAUGGCGAGCCAAACCAGACGAGACCAUUAGAUCCCUAGAUUGAAGAUCCCUGAACCAAGAGCCCAGAGCCGAGAACUGUCAACCUUACCUCUCUCCUGCCACAGCGGUGUCAGCCCACCAACUGUGGAUACAUGGCUCUGCAGUCAGGACAGUGACUGAGGCAGAUGUUUCGCUGUGUUAUGACCCCGGUAAUAAAACAGACAUGCGGCUGUGCUGCAUCCAGAGGAGCAGGUGCUGCCACCACACAGCCAUUACCAUCUGCAUUGAUGAGAUCAGGGACUGAGCCAUGCUGGAUGUUAGAUGGUUAUUAUCCCUUAAAGUAAAACAUAAAAUAAAUAAAUGUGCAAGCUUGUAAUGUCAGCAACUCACCCCCCAAAAAGCAGUAUUAUAUUCCAAAAGGGACUUGUAGUGCUGAUUAGUUAGCUCAUAUCCUAAACUUAUUGUAUAUUAUAUCAUUUUUAUCAUCUGUGGUAUCACUAUGAAAUUCCUUUAAUGCCCCAUUUGGCACUCAAAAUACUGCUGUUAUAUUUACCCCUCAAUGAUUAACAUGGUUAGCCUACUAUGGGGAUUAAUUGGGCAGAGAUAGUACAUAUACCCUGUGCUGCACUUGGAUAAACCAUGAUGGAGGGAAGAGAGUGAGGUUAGGAUGGAUGGAGGGAUUCUUAAGUUGGUUGGGUGAACGGGAGGUGGAGGGAAAGCUGCAAGGUGGAGGGAUGGAUGAGGGGAGUUUGGACUUAUGAUCUUACUGCACUUUAUACUAGAUCACUGAACUCCAUGCACUUUAUCAAUGUUUGCACUUUAUCACUGUUUGCACUUUAUUGCUUAUUUCUGUUUAUACCAAAUAUAUUUCCUGAUGUUGUAAAUUUUUGAUUGUGAAAUCCAAUAAAAAGAAAAAAAAGAAAAGAAAAAAAUGGGCUAGUAUCCCUUUAACGUCCUCUGACGUCAUGCUGAUGCAGAUCUGCCCGGCUGGAUGCGAGCGGAGGAGAGGAGAGGGAUGCCGAAAAAAAAAAUGAAACUCCUCAGCACUAAUUUUUCACAUCCCUCUGAGAGCAUAGAGGGCAACUUUAUAAUAAUUAACGCAUAUUUUCACCGCUGAAUGAACGUGAGAAUGCUGUCAACGCGACAUAUUUUGUAAAAGAAAAACGAGCAUAUUGAGGUCAGAGGAAAGCGUUGCCGGGGCGACCAGCUUGCUGGGGAGGACACUGCGGCGCGCGUCACACGACGAGGACGAGCGUGCGUGCGUGCCUGCGCGGACGCGCACGCUGAGGCGGUCACGGCAUCCACACAGCAGCAGCAGCAGCAGCGGCAGCAGCAUCCUCUCACAAGGCUACCGGAGGACCGCGCAGUGCAUGUCCGUCGUUACCGAGACGAGCCGAGGCUUGCACCGUGACUUGAACCGGUGCUCGGCGGUGUCGGAGCUCUCCUUCCGGGGAUUUAUUGAGGAUUUAUCGACGACCACACAGAAAAACGCUUAAAAACUGAGUAGCCGCGACCAUUGGUCAACACAGGUGACACUUGUCGGCUGUCAAAUCCGCCGAGUCCCCGCAGACACGUCCGGGUUAUUUGGGGGUUAUUUAGUCGUUUCGAGGCCUCGAUAAAAACAGACACGCUUCCUGAGGCAAAGCGAACUGUCAGCCGAGAAAUUAAUUAAUUUAUUGCCGUGCUGGAGAAGACUGAGCCGAGCCGAGUCGAGCCGAGCCUGGCUGCUCGGAUGGGGAAUCAUACUAUAUCCUGCUGUAUGCGGUGUGUAAUGCAGUAGAGCAGCUUUAUUUGUGGUGUUCAGCCUCCACUGUGAUUGUCUCCAGUCAUGAAGUCCUACCUGCCGGCCCGGUUGGAUUGAACGAGGUAGUGCUGUCGGGGGGGAUUUUUGAAGGUGUAAUUUUUUUUAAAUUAUUGUUUUUUUUUUUUAUUCAGCUCAUGUUUUCUUUUUAGAAAAAAAAACAAACACUUUUUGCUUGCUUGACAUUUACCACUGCUCCAGGAAGGUUUUGGGAAGAGGACGAGGAGGAGGAGGAGGAGGACAAAACCUCGGGAAAAAAAACAUCAGUGGGAAUCUGGCAGCCCACCAGCACCCGUGGAUCACAAAUUAACAGAGUUAAAGACAUCAAUCAAAUGAUCUGGAUAAGACGAGACCAAUAGGGAUGGAACGCAACAGAACCAUGGCUGGGGAUGCGUUUCGGUCCGCCUUCGCACAGAAUCAGCACUGACCUGGCACCCACACCGAGGUCCAACCUCCCUCUCCGGUAUCCCAGGGACCCUGCUUUACCCCAGCACGCCGUUUUACCCUCCAUCUCACCUUCACUCAGCGCUCCCUGUCUUGAUCAAACCUCCAGAAAAGCUCCUUUUUGUCUUUUAGAGGCUGCUUGCUUUUGUUGUGUUAAUCCCUCUUUUAUACUUUACCUUCCAGACUGUUGGUUACAAUCCACAUUCCCUCUUAAAAAAGACAGAGCUACGUCCGGUUGUACUUCCUUUUUAUUUCAUAGGGUCCAAAACAGACUAAGAGCAGGUGGCUUAACAGUAUGAAACCAGUCAUGUACCCCCUUUCACUUGCUACGAGUAAACAAAGUCGGCGGGGUCUGUCGACCAGAAGGAGCCCCCAUAGUCUCAUGACAGACUGGUGCCUGAUGGGUGCGCUGGGCCUUGCUCUUCUCUUCAGCCUGGCCUCAAGCCAGAAGAUGGACCCUUCCAAGCACCCCAUAGUCACCACCAACUACGGCAAGCUCAGAGGCAUCAAGAAGGACUUAAACAACGAGAUCCUGGGCCCAGUGGAGCAGUACCUUGGCGUGCCAUACGCCACCGCACCAAUCGGCGACCGCCGCUUUCAGCCGCCAGAAGCUCCGGGAUCCUGGCAGGAGAUCCGCAACGCCACCCAGUUUGCCCCCGUGUGCCCUCAGAACGUCCACGGUGUGCUGCCGGAGAUUAUGCUGCCCGUGUGGUUCACUGACAACCUGGACGUGGCGGCCGGUUACAUCCAGAACCAGAGCGAGGACUGCCUCUACCUCAACGUCUACGUGCCCACUGAGGAUGAUAUUCGUGACCGCAGGAAGAAGCCGGUGAUGCUGUUUAUUCACGGAGGCUCCUACAUGGAAGGCACCGGAAACAUGUUUGACGCCAGCGUCCUGGCCGCUUAUGGCAACGUGAUUGUGGUGACCAUGAACUACCGGCUGGGUGUGCUCGGCUUCCUCAGUACCGGCGAUCAGUCCGCUAAGGGGAACUACGGCCUGCUGGACCAGAUUCAGGCGCUGCGUUGGCUCAACGAGAACAUCGGCCACUUCGGUGGAGACCCAGAGAGGAUCACCAUCUUCGGCUCCGGAGCUGGGGCGUCCUGCGUCAACCUCCUCAUCCUCUCGCACCACUCGGAGGGUCUGUUCCACAGGGCCAUAGCCCAGAGUGGAACAGCAAUCUCCAGCUGGUCUGUCAACUACCAGCCCCUCAAGUACACCAAGAUUUUGGCCAGGAAGGUGGGCUGCACCUACACAGAGACAGCCGACCUGGUUGACUGUCUGAGGCGCAAGAACUUCAGGGAGCUAGUGGACCAGGACAUCCAGCCAGCCCGCUACCACAUUGCCUUUGGCCCCGUGGUGGAUGGAGACGUGGUGCCAGACGAUCCCGAGAUCCUCAUGCAGCAGGGGGAGUUCCUCAACUAUGAUAUCCUAAUAGGAGUGAACCAAGGAGAGGGGCUGAAGUUUGUGGAUGACAGUGAGGACAAUGACGGCAUCUCAGCCGCAGCAUUUGAUUACACCAUCUCCAACUUUGUCGACAACCUCUACGGAUACCCUGAGGGUAAAGACAUCCUGAGGGAGACCAUUAAGUUCAUGUACACAGACUGGGCGGACAGGGACAACGGUGACAUGCGGAGGAAGACCCUGCUAGCCCUGUUUACAGACCAUCAGUGGGUGGCGCCAGCAGUGGCCACUGCAAAACUCCAUGCCGAGUUCCAGUCCCCGGUUUACUUUUACACAUUCUACCACCACUGCCAGACCGAGACGCGACCCGAAUGGGCCGACGCCGCCCAUGGAGAUGAGAUACCGUAUGUGUUUGGUGUGCCCAUGAUUGGUGCCACAGACUUGUUCCCAUGCAACUUCUCUAAGAAUGAUGUGAUGCUGAGUGCCGUAGUGAUGACCUACUGGACCAACUUUGCCAAGACUGGGGACCCCAACCUGCCAGUCCCUCAGGACACCAAAUUCAUUCACACCAAGCCCAACCGCUUUGAAGAAGUCAUCUGGACCAAGUUCAACUCGAAGGAUAAGCAGUACCUCCACAUUGGCUUGAAACCUCGUGUCAGAGACAACUACAGAGCCAACAAGGUGGCCUUCUGGCUGGAAUUAGUCCCCCAUCUCCAUAGUUUACAUGAGGAGCUCUUCCCAACCACCACCCGCUUGCCACCAGGUCCUGGCCCUGGCACCAUCAGACCCCCCUGGCCCAGAACACCAGGGCCUCGCACUACUCGACAUCCCUACCCUACUUUCCCCCCUGACCCGGAGCCCGAGGGUUCAGAGCGUCCACACCAGGACCUCUUCCCUGGAGACACCCGGGACUACUCCACUGAGCUGAGCGUGACGGUCGCUGUGGGGGCGUCACUCCUCUUCCUCAACAUCCUGGCCUUUGCUGCCCUUUACUACAAGCGUGACAAGCGGCACGAGAUGCGACGCCACCGGCUGUCUCCUCAGCGAGGCGGCCCUGCCAAUGACCUGGCUCAUAGCCAGGAGGAGGAGAUUAUGUCCUUGCAAAUGAAGCACUCGGAGCAUGAUGCUCACCAUGACAUGGAGCCCCUUCGGCCUCAUGACAUCCUAAGGCCCGCCUGCCCACCUGACUACACACUGGCACUGCGCCGUGCCCCAGACGACGUGCCGCUGAUGACACCUAACACCAUUACCAUGAUCCCCAGUACCAUCACCAGCAUGCAGCCUCUCCAUGCCUUCAACACCUUCCCCUCCACUGGCCACAACAACACCCUGCCCCACCCCCACUCCACCACCAGGGUAUAGUAGGGACUGACCCAACACAGCGCCACCUAAGGACCAGGAAGACUGGCUCUGCUAACGAUCUAGAAGGGAGGCCUCUGGAUGUGGGCCUUUGUUCUGUUUUCUUAUUCUCUUGUUUCUCCAAAAACAACUCCAUCUCCUCCAUCAUGUGCUGUCAAAUUUAGCAGCUCUCUCCACUGGUGGCGUGUGGAGAAGCAACUGACUGCAAGGCAGCAGAUGACCAGUUUGGGGGAGAUUUAGAUCUUUCAAAGAUACUGUUUUCAAAGAAAGUCUGAUGUUUCCAGACUAUAGCCCCCUGACAUUUGUCGAAGGGACGAAUGCCUCUCGCCUUUCGCUGUUUUCCCUUUUUUACUUUGGUGUCAUCUCUUUUUUUCUCUCCCUAGUGUUUUGUGUGCAUAUAUCAUUCUCUUUUCUACAUAUGCGUGUUAUACCUGCUUUGUUUUCCCCAUUCGACAUGUGAUUCUCUCCCUCUCCCCAGCGCUCUUUUGCUCCAAGGAUUCAUAAACUACUGAGCUGUAGGUGGGGACAUAGAGUACAUACAGUAAGCAUAUAGCUAUGAAAACAUGAAUAUCUGAUACUUUCAUUCUACCAGCAUUCUUGGUGCCAAGUAUGUACUACUGUGUUUGCGUUCUCAUCAAGGGAGAAAAAACUAAAGAAAAUUCUAGAGUAUUCCUAUUUACUGUCAACUAACAGAUGCUGUGUGUUCUCAUGACAAAGUGCCAAACUGGCCCUCGAUUGUGUUUUUCUUUCUUUCAUCUUCUGUUUCUUUCUUUUUAUCAAGCAUUUGUUUAAUUGUUGUUUUUUGUGGAAAGAUUUUUCGCUUAAAAUAUAGAUAUAGAGAAAAGAUAUUAUAUAUAGUUAUAUAUAAAUGUGUACAAAGGAGAAAGUAUAUAAAUGGGUUUUCUCAGUGGGGAUCUAUGCAUGAAUUAUUUUUAAAGAUGAUGACGGGGGAAAGGACACUGUAUCUGUCAAUGCACGUUUCCCAAAUCUAAUCAAAUCAUAUCGGUCCGCUUCUGAUAUUUUGGUCUUUGUUUUACCUCAAGAACAUCACAGAAAAUCCUGAAGUAACCCAACAAAUCCUCUUCACCUCCCAAGGCUCAUUUAGAAAAAAAGUCAUUGCCACAAGAUGUAAAAAAUCUUACGGUGAAAUCAACAUCUGUGAAUUUACUCCUCCAUUCUUUCUCUCCUUCAUGAUGGUAUUUAGAGGUAUUUCUCCAACCUGGUGAUGCAGCACGCCAACAGCAACCCCAUAAUCCUACAGUAGCUACUUUUUCUUUCCAUUUUUAUGGAAAUUAUGGUUUUUUAGGGUACGUGAGGUACCAAAUCUGUUGUUGUAGCUUGCCUGUACAGAAUUAUUUUUGUAUUUCAGAUAGGGUGAGAAACAAAGCAGAGAAAGACAAGCCUCUGCUCUUUUACGUACACCUUCCUACUCCUGUCUGCACCCCUAUUUCCAGCACAUGCAUAUUCUGUUUGAUGUGUGCUUGUUAGAAAGAGAGUGUGUGUUUGUGUGAGUGUGUGAUAUCAGUACUGCUUCACAUGGGCAUCGGUAGGCCCUAAUUAGACAGCAAAGAGAUAGAGGGGCAGACAGGCAGGAUCACCCCCAUGGUAAAAACUCAGACUCUAAAAUGAGCUCCUUCCUGCUGCAUACCCCCUCUCCUUAUCAUCACCAUUUACUCCCUUCCUUCUCCUCUCUCUGUCAGUAGACUAGUUUUGUAUUCAAGACUGACGCCCAUACCGCGAUGAUCACCCAUAACUCCCCUGCUGUGACCACAAAACUCCAAACCACCUGACUUCACUGUGUCAGCACCGUUCUACACAAUUUCUGACCUCAGUUCAGCUCUGCUAUUAUCCUCACAUUCAAGGGUUAGUUCACUAAGCUAGUGACUUUUUCUGAGCUUGUCGGUUGUAUAUUAAACUCUAAGCACACUGAGGGUAACCGGCGGGCCUUUAUGGUCUGCGUACACAGAGCUGCAAGGUGAGAAGGGGACUUAGAUCCCCUAAACAGGGUAAUAGAAACACAGCUGUUUCCUAUUCUUCGCUUUUCAUUCCUGGUGAGAAUGUGCAGGCUUAAAGCUCAGCAACGCCCCCUUCUGAUUCUCUGCUUAGGAUCUCAAACAUGGGUCAUGGGUAAUACUCUGGUUAAUACACUAUGUUAACUGAACCAACGUGUUGUUGUUUGAGCCCACAGGAACACAUGGUAGCCUACAUCCAGUAUGGGAGAAGUUAGUCACCGGUGCUGUCUUUGCUUGUGCUCUAGCUUUAGCCUGUUUGUUUUCUAUUUUAUUACUACCCAAAAGGGGUGGUGGGGGAGGGCUGGUAGGGGAGAGAUAAACUUGGCUGCUCCUGUCAGAGAUUUUGUAAGCCCAUUGAAAGGGAUAUGUGCACAAUGUAAAACACAAAACAACUGACUUGGGUGCGCUGCAGGUGGACAAAUGCUGUGGAACAGAUGAUGGACAGUAGCUCAAGAAAAGGUGCACGCUGUGGAAAAGAAACUUUGGGAGGAUAUUGGGAAAAGACUCACAGCCUUAAAUGUAGAAAUCAGAUCAAGUGAGGGGAUGAACUGAUCAUGAGCAAACAAGGACAUUCAAAGGCAUGGCCAUCUUUCUAUCCACAAUGUUCGCCAGGAUUAUACCUUGUUAAUCUGUCCUACGGAGGAUCUGAUAUGUCUGAUCAGAUCUGUGUGAACUCUUUUGUACCCCUGUGGAUAAGAAGGCAGUGAGGGGCUGUGGGGUAAACUUUACCACGACACAGCUACGAUGACACCACUGGAGGUAAAAACAGCAACAAGGUAUUAUUUAGUUUGGUCUGUUCUUUUUCCUUGUCUAUUUUAUAAGCUAACACUGGAGGGCGCCAUCGUGUCAGGUUCACUGCAGUCUGCCCACUUUGAGGAAACUGGAUGUGAGAAGAAAAAUACCAAACUGGGUGGCAGGACAUACACAGACACACAACACCUGGAAGAGGAUCAAAACU